AUGGGAGGCAUCAGAUUGAGAUCUGGUCUGCUUUUUUUCGCUCGGAGUUCUGUCCCAUUGCCCUCUGAAAAGGAUGACGUUAUACAUGCCAGAGACUGUGUUCUUGGUGACGAGUCUUAUGGAGCAGAAGGUUCCGCCCAGGUUCCACUUCCAGACGCAGACCCAGCAUCCGAAAACGUAACGUUUCAAUUUUUCACGACGCAGGCGGGCGUAGGGGGCCGUAACCGGCGUAUCGUGCCUCUGACCGCGUACUCGAUUACCAUCCGGUCUAGGUCGCCUGCAACUCUUUCCUUUGUCCCGCGGCAUCCUACAUACAUCUUGCGUGCUCCUCUGGGCGUCAAUGGCCGGCAACCCUUCGAUCCUUGGACAACGCCUCCGCUAGCCUGUCUCAACAACUCAGGAACCCCAGUUUCUUAA